AUGGGGCUUAUCCUUCCUACUGGAGGUCUUGUCCUCAUCACAGGGGUUAAUGGCUUUCUCGCCUCCCAUCUGGCUCUACAACUGAUCCAACGGGGAUACGCCGUCAGAGGCACUGUGCGAAGCCCUGACAGCGCCUCAUGGAUCACCGAGGCCAUCAUGGCACGUUAUCCCGCCGGCAAAUUUCAAGCCCUUGUCGUCCCUUCUCUCUCUGCGCCAGGAGUCAUGGACGAUCUCAUCAAAGACGUCGAUGGUAUCGUCUACAUGGCCGCAGAUACCAGUUUGAACCCGGAUCCAAACCAGGUCAUCACGCCGGGACUCGAAGCGCUGCAUGCAGCUCUCAAGACCGCCGCCCAAGUACCCUCAGUGAAACGCUUCGUCCUGACAAGCAGUUAUACCGCGGCCGUGGAUACAUUUGUCCCAGCCGCGCCAGAGGUCCUAGUCAGCAAAGAUAGUUGGAACGAGACCAGUACCGCACGGGCCUGGGCACCCCCACCCUACGAUGCCAUGCGUGCUCUAGACGUCUACCAGUCUCUCAAGACGGAAUGUGAAAGGCUGUUUUGGAAGUUCGCUAGCGAAGAGAAGCCCUCAUUUGUACAAAACUCCGUGCUUCCUGGAUUCGUGAUCGGGCCCAUUGUCCACUCUAAGCAACGGGGCAGCACGGCUGCCCUGGUCAAGGGGUAUUUCGAUGACCCCACCUGUAACCAAGCAUUCGCGUGGAUUACCGCGCCGUGGGUCGUCGACGUGGUGGAUAACGCCGUGUUGCAUUUGGCCGGGUUGACCGAUGAGGACGUCCAGAAUGAGCGGCUGCUUGCCUUGGCGGACCCGUUCAAGCUGAGCAACUUUGGCAGGGCAUUCGAGCAAAUCGACCCGACUCGUGCAUGGCCGGCAGGAGACGAGGGUGAGAUGAAGCAGAAAGGCACCAAGUGGGUCUCUGAUACGAAGAGGUCCGUGGCGAUUCUGCAGCGGUCUCUGCAGGACGAAGGCUUUACUCCGUUUUUGGAGAGUGUGCGGAGGACGUGUCUGGAGAGCGAUCCUUCCUGGACGUUUCGGAAUUUCCUGCAGGGAAGCAUUCCUGAACAAUAG